AAACCGCAUACAUGUCCAGUACAACAAUGUCAACGUCAAUUUAAAAGACUCGAACAUUUGAAAAGGCACAUGCGUAUCCAUACCCUGGAAAGGCCUUACCAUUGCACUUUUGCCGGUUGUCCCAAAUCAUUUUCUCGCUCGGACAAUUUAUCGCAGCACAUCAAAACACAUCAAAAG